GCUGCACCACGUGACGUCCUUUCCGGUCUAACCUGACAACAUGGACGCCAGCCGCGUGCAGCCGAUCAAGCUCGCCAGAGUCACUAAGGUGCUCGGAAGAACUGGUUCCCAGGGACAAUGUACACAGGUCCGCGUUGAGUUCAUGGAUGAUAGCAAUCGCUCCAUCAUCAGGAACGUGAAGGGCCCAGUCAGAGAAGGAGAUGUCCUGACACUUCUGGAGUCUGAGAGAGAAGCUAGGAGGCUGCGAUAGUUCCCGCUGAAGCUGUGAGGUGCCAGCCCAGUGCUGUGGAGAAGAUGGCAUCACUUUCCCUCUCAAUGGCGGGCAUCCCUCACAUUCUCUUUGUUUUGAAAUAAAUUUGGUUAUUGAGAUGAAAGCAAAA